UAAAGAAAACGGGGUCGGCAUAGCGUCACAUUAUAUGGAGUCUUACCCAGAAACUUUAGAAGAGCUGGAGUCUCAUGACAUGCCAAUGAUGGAGGGUGACAUGAUACUGUCAACUGACAGGAACGCAGUGGACCGCACAUGGCCAACAACACACAUAGCGUAUGUCAUCAGCCCAGAGUUAGCCAAUCGGACAGACGACAUCCUGUCUGCUAUGAAGAUGGUGUCAGAAAACACUUGCUUGUUCUUUCACGAGCGAGACUCUGAGACGGACUACCUGUUCUUCAACACCAGCAGAGGCUGUGCUUCAUUUGUGGGCAUCAUCGGUGGCCUGCAGCCCAUAUUCAUGGGGUCGAAGUGCAAGGUGGGUAAUAUCGUGCACGAGAUCCUUCACGCUCUGGGCUUCCACCAUGAGCACACCCGGAUGGACCGCGAUCAAUACAUCACAGUUCUCCAUCAUAACGUUAUGGAAGGGAAGGAGAGAAACUUCAAGAAGCAAGACGGCGAAACCUUUGGAAUUCCUUACGACAUCAAGUCUAUCAUGCACUAUGGAGGUGGGUUUUUUUCAGCUAACGGUCUGCCCACCAUCGUACCAAACACUGAUGAUGCUGAGGGGAUGGGACAGAGAACCGAAAUGACAGAAGAAGACAUCAAGAGAGUUCGUCACCUCUACAGCUGUGACUCCACAAAGAAACACACUGAUGCAGAAAGGGGUGAACGUAAGAAGGAGAGCGAUACAACCAAAUACAUAUUGCUUCAUGAUGUGAAGACCUCCAAGAAACCACAGAAAGAUGACAAUCAUACAACCGCAGCUGUGUCUGAGUCGCUGCAGAAACUCCAUGCUGCCACUGGAGGGCGCCAUAAGACCAGCAGAGGGAGGAAAGCCUAAACUGAGCUGAGGCUGAUUCAUUUAUUAAUAAAACCAAACAC